AAGGGCCAGCUAGAGCGCUAGUAGUUGUAUUGCUUCAAGGUAGGCAGACAUGAAGCAGUAAGUCUUGUUGCUUAUUGUAAAAAAAAGCCAACAUGGCCGCUGUGGCAGGCCGCAGCAGGCGUGGGCGGGGUGCUGUUUCGGGCGUAAACUGAAACAAAAAUAGUCGCGAUUGCUCGCAGCUUCGCAAGGCCAGCGUGACAGCGGCGUGCCACUACUGCACCUUCCAAGAAGCCUCGCCCGACAGCGUCGCCACAUUGUCGUGUCAACCGGGCGACGACUCGCUACGAUCACGGUGGUAAGAUGAGACAUCGCCGACUCGGAAAUGGUGUCCUCAGCCGACAACGACGAAUGCCCGAAAGCCGGCAUUCGUGUUCAGAAACUGCGCAAAAGACUGCGGGACCUUCGUGAGAGGGCCGUCGCGUCCGGUCUGUCCGAAAACGACGUCUCGGCGAUCGUUGCCGAAGAGGCGGCGCUAGCGACGAACGGCGCGGCGACCCCAGGCUCACCGCCGGCCGAACGACUACUGCUCAAAUGGGCCCUCAUCGUUGCCGCCUUGGCGUACGCCUUCUUCAGACGCGGCCUGCCGGACCUGAGCCACGCCCAAUGUCUUGUGGACACGGGAGCCCUCUACAAGGAGUUCACGCGACCCGUGCUCUCGUGCGACUUCUGUCGCGAGCCGACGCGGGUGACGGAGUUGACGGACAUGAGCAAGGAGGACUUCCUGCGACUCGGCUACGCCGACAAGCCCAUCGUGCUGCGGGGCGGCGCAGCACACUGGAAGGCGAUGAAGACGUUCAGCUACGCCUUCCUCCGGGACGUCUACCGCAACACGACCGGAGCGUUCGAAGAGAGCCGCCGCUACUGCCAGUUCCUGAACACCGCCACCGACAUCGAAGACCUGGAGGACUUCUUCUCCAUGCCGGACUCGAGGGCCUACAUGUCGGGACCCGACGAGAAGACGUGGUACGUGGGAUGGAGCAACUGUGACCAGAGGAUUGUCUCAAUCCUGAGGGAGCACUACACCAGACCCGACUUCUUCCCCGAUGACUCUGAAGCCAGCAUCAUCGACUGGAUAUUUAUUGGAUACGCAGGACUCGGACUCGAGACCCAUCUGGACUACGUCCUCCGUCCAUCGUGGCAGGCCCAGAUCCGGGGAGUGAAGACCUGGACCCUGGUGCCUCCACCAGAGUGCGAGUCAGUGUGCGUGCCCUCGCUGAAGGUCACCGUACGGCCCGGUGACAUCAUACUGGUUAACACCAACCACUGGUACCACAGCACAUUGGUCGAACCGGGCGAAAUGAGUAUCACUAUUGGAUCGGAGUACGACUGAGGCAUGCCUGGCAGCACUAAGUGACCGUGUCACGUGGGCAUAAGUAAUGACGUUAAAUGCUCAAUGCCUCGAAGCUUAAAUGCCAUUUGCACGGUGCCUUCCGGGCAUCCCCUUCAGUCACAAAAUUACCCAUUACAGUCAUGGAGUUUCAUUAUCAAACACUAGAGGGAAAUCUGGCGCUAGUGUCUGUGGGAUCUGUAACGCAUGGCGCUUCAGCCAGCAUGGGAAUGAUGUUUAGUAUACAUGGAUUCGCCUACGCUUCGUUCUGUUGGCUCCGUAUGGCUUUCUGACUUUUGAAACUGCUAAUUAUUAGAAAAGUUGAGCAGUUCAACUUCAUUACCUUGAACCUUUUAGGCUCACCAAUUCAAAUCAUCUUGUGAGGUUCAUAACGGGCCAUUCUUAUAUCCAAAACGAAAGCCAUAAUGCAACAAUAAAAAAAAGCCACAAGUGCGUUUGAAGCCGCAAGCACGAAGACUAGGCAAAUCCAUGUACUACCCAUCAUUCCCAUGGUGGCUGAACGAUCGCAGCGCCGCAGUUCACUCUAGCAAAUAUUGUAGGGAACUUUAUGACUGUAGUAGCUUAGCAGGCUGAGGUGUUUCGCUGCUAAGCUCGAGGUUGCAGGUUCAAUUCUUGGACGCGGAAGCCGCAUUUCGAUGGGGGUGAAAUGCAACAACAAUGAUGUACUACUUAGAUUUAGGUGCACGUUAGGGAACCUUCAGUGGUGAACAUUAUGGCAGAUGUCAUGACUCUUAAAGACUGCAUUCACUGCAGCUUUUGAUGCAAUGGCAUUAAGGAACUUAAUGUGCUCAACUCCUAAUGGGCAUUAACCUUACCCACAUGGCACGACUAUUAGGCUGGUUGGUGCCGACCACCGGUACCACGCUUGUUGAAAUGUCUGGCAUGAGUUAUCACUUUCUGACGAGGGUGCAAAUAAGGCGUGCAUGAUGUUUCAAAUUGGCAAGUCUGGCAAGCAUGAUGUAGUGAUGCUGUUGUGGCAUGUUAGAGUGGUUACCAUGCCAUAAUGGGAACAUUGCAGAAAGAUUUUUAAUAGACUUCUUUCGACACAUUACUGCAAAACUAGCUCAAGUCAGCUAGAGCUAUUAAAGGGGCAUGGAACACUUUUCCAAGUAAUCGUGGAAUGGCUUCAUGAAAGGAGUUUAUUACAGAGGCUUAUUAAUGGAGCCUUACGAGUCGACUACCACAAAAAUUUUUAGAAUCCGCCAAGUACGAGCUGAGGGACAGGGAUUUGUUGCACACUUCAAGCGCCUUCUCUCUCCUUUCGUAGCAGCGAGUGCGCUGAAAGCUAUUUAGGGAAGGGAGGGGGGGGGGGUGUAUGACAAGGGGGCAAGAUGCUACGCCCGUUCGUCAGCGCGCGUCAUGACCUUGAGCACUUUUUCUUUUUUUUUUUUUGUUCGAAUGCACGACUUACUUUCAGCGUGAUCGUGACCAAGCGUGUGGCAUCCCUUGACGGCCGCGGAAACUACGCAGCUCACAAUGCUCAAAUCAGCCAGUGGCCGUGGACUUUGUGUUUCUGGCAUAGUCAUUUGGGUUUAUGGUGUCAUAUUUGUCGAGAGAAGACGAUUUCUAGCUGACUUUGAGAAUUAAUUGUAAAUUCUAGGCCGUGUGCUGCGCUGUAGUGUUUGGCUCACAUGUUCUCAGGAGCCUCGACUACCAAUCGACAGCGUUUUCUGACAUUGCUGAAAAAGUGUUGCAGGGCCCCUUUAAGAGUUUAACUCAGCAAACAGUUUAAGUAUCUAACGGAGUGAGCAAAAGAAAGAAAGCAGUUGCUAUGCUGCAACAUAUUCCAUCAGAUUAUGCAACCCAGCUGAUCGCCAAAUGUAUUUUCAACAUCAUUCCCUUCUCCCUACGGUAUUACAAAUGUGGAGGGCCGGAAUCUGUACGGUGUCUUCUAGUUUAGCAUGUGUUUUCCAAUUAAUUCGUCACAAAGUGCCACUGCCACAUGCUGCUUGAUGACGAUAUAAAGGGACAGUUAGGGCAGACAUUAAAUCAGUCGAUAUCGUUAAGACUCGUUUUAUGUGAUGAGGUGACUUGAUUGCAGAAACUAACAGGGACUGAUAGGAACUGAGCAACCAUUUCAAAAAUCAGAUUGUCCAUGACAGACGACCGAUACGUAGCAACCCUACGCUAUGCCAGAGAUCUUGGACUUCAUUCUCUGCCAUGUGCUGUGGACAGUCUUGAAUCAUAUGUCUGCACAUAGAGGGCAGCACAGUCUUUCAAACAUACUUCACAGAGAAGUCUGUGUAAAAGUAGCAUUUAUAUCAACUUGAGCUAUGAAAAUCCAGCAAAAUUGGUUUAUGUAGCGUUUUCUUUCAUGUUGAAAUGCAGUUCGGCUUUAUUGUACGAGUAGUUGAUGGCAAAUUGCCUGUUAUUUUGCUCAUUUACUUGUUUUGUGUAAAAACAUGCAACCAAGGCUAUGAUGCAUCAACCACAAACUUGCCCUCAUAAAUGGAGCACUUGGAGUCUAUGGGAGCUGCUGCGGAUAGGUAAUAUGCAAGAUUCCAUAGAUGGGCUUUUGCAUGCAUAUGUAAUUUGCCCCCUACUAAGAUGGCUGAGCUCCUGCAAGAAACUUGAAGCUAGUCGACACAUUCAUAAAGCUGCUCCAUGAUGCCUUGUUUAUCAAGGGGCUCCACGCAUUGCGCGAGUUUGGACAGUGCGACGAGGAACGGAGUGUGGCAAGAACAGUUGUGCCAGUCUGCGAACCUUCGCAUUGUUUGCGAUUCAAGUGCACAGUCUGUCAUCUUAAUUUGUUCAGACAACUUCCACAGAGGAGUGCACAUCUGAGACUUCGCAUAUCGUUUCUAGCAUUUUUAUAGUGGCAGCAUCAGUCCAGUGUUCACGUAUUUUCCUCGGAUGCGUACCGAUGUUUGGUUCUUGGUGAAAGUGAUCCUUUUAUACACCCUGAAGAAGGAACACUAAUCCAUCACUUUAGCUUGGCUUAAUGUCUACUUCUAAUGUCCCUUUAGCGAGAACGAUGACGUGUGCUGUUAAGACACAUGUUUUUCAAGCAAAAGUCCAAAGUCUUUCAUGCGUAUCAAUAGCGAAGACGGUGCUAUUGCUGUACUGUAAACACGUAGCAUGCCAAAAUACUAAAUAGGGUUUCGAGAAUGUUACACUGCAGCAUAGUACUGCUAUGUAUGUGCCGGAUGUAUCAAGUAUGUGACACUUGCGCGUUCAGCAUUUUGAUCAAGCAUGCAAGCUUGUGUGUCCAGAGCAUGCAGAAUGGAGUGAGAUAGAGUUAGCCAGUAGACCAUUGCUUGAUUAGGUUGUAUAGUGCUCUAUCAGAAGUUCCGUCUUUUUUUUUUUUUUGCAAAAUUUUGGAAUAGAUAUAUGCUUUCACUCUCGUAGCAGCUGCGAUUACAACGAUGAGAGCUACGCCAGCUUCCGGUUCCGGUGGCCUCGAUAUAGAGAAGUCGUUAUAACACCGUACUUAAAGUUUGGUCGCUCAACACCACUUGAUGGCAGGACUUUCCCACGCGAAAUCAAGUCCUUGAGCAACGGUCAAGCCCGUCUAGUUAUUGAGUGUCGUUAAUGUUUCUUGCACUCCCACGCGCACGUUCCGAUGCAAUAAGUCACCGGUCGAGACCAAGCAUUACACCCGAAAUUGCCGGGCUUUGGCAAUAACGUGUUAUGAAACCGUUUCUUCGUUACCGUACAAACUGUUUCGUACAUUUGAGCCUAGUUAUAACGAAGUCGCAUUUGGCAGGAAAAGACGCUUGUUAUGUCCGGUCAUUUGUUAUAUUUGUGUUCGUUAUACGGAGGUCUGAUUGUAUUGGUAUUUUUUAUAUCUAGUCCUUUUGUACCAAAGUACUGUUGCACGACUGCUGCAGGAACUGACCACCUGGCAUAUAUAACAGGUGCACUUGUCAAAAUGUAUUUAACUUUGAAGCAGUGUAUUUUUUGAAAGCUUAGGAUUUUGUACAAAUGUUUGCGAGGUAUUUUGUGCAUGCGAGCGUUGACGUGGUUGUAAACUUUCUGUCUUUCCGUCACCAUUCAACAGAGCUGGCCUCGGCCUAAACGUUGGCGACCCAAAAGUGCGGGCGACGUUUUUCUAUCGCUUUCCAUAUUCCAAAUUUUGGUGGGCAGAUGACUGCCCAUGAUGCUCGGCGCUCAAUGUUUGUUGCGUAUUUUGGCUUGAUGGCGUUUUGUUAUUUACGCGUUAUCUGCACACUACACGGAUGCAUUUACUAUGUGGUCAGUACCCUUACUAUAUGGCCAAAAUGUUUGGUAUCACGCUGCACGUGCACUGCUGUCCAUGUUUAGCAAUAUUGUGCAAGUUGUGGCUGCACAUAGUAUCCGAGGUGACUUAGCGCACACUUUCGAUAUGAAAUGUUAUAGACAAAACUUACUAAUAUAUAGUUAGUAAUCACUACAUGCAAUGUUUUGAGUGGACUGGCUACAUGUAAACAUUUUAAAACAAUGUCUUUCACUACUGUCACACCUCAUGGCAUGCUGAAAAUUGUCACGGCAAAAAAAAAAGAGAGAGACUACAUUAGCUUUGUGUCGUGCCAAGACAGGAAGGUAGAAGAGAAGGCUCAGGAAUAUACAAAAUCUGCAAGUACGCGUCCCAACGCAAAGUUGGACACCAAUUUUACAAGGCAGCUGCACUGAUGUGCUUUUCUAUGUCUCGUGUUCGCAACACACCCCUAGAAUCUGUGCUGUACAGGUCCCACAAUGUAUUUUAGUUUCUCAUUGUUUGGGAACAUUUUGGGGAUGUUUGUUUUUUCGAAGACUACCGUUUUUCGAAGACUCCAAACUUUUGUAACUUUUACAUUGGAGUCUGUCACUUGACUAUAACCGCAAUGGCGGACAUUGAAGCAAUAAUACAUGUACGAGUUGACUCUAACUGGUUUAGAUUUGGUUAGUUCACUAUAUCGACACAUUUUUCUCAGGUCACUUUGCAUGAAACAUUUUGUUUUAUACGCUCAAGGUUUCAAUGUUCACAAACACUUGUGUUUUUGGAGCAAUCUUUGCGACGACAGAGCACUCAAGGCAAUAAUGUGUUUAUACAGUCAAGUUCAGACUGAUAUGGAGUAUGUGUUUAUGCUGCAACAUAACGCGUGCUUUUAAGUGUUGCUACAUGAAUAUUUGUACAGCUGUGUGCCUUUUGUGAAGAACUGCUUGCUAUUUUCUCGUGCAAUGAAUGGUUGGCUGCUAGGUUGAUAUGCUACGAUUUACACUUUGAACUUUUUACGUACGCAUUGCUGUUCAGUAGGGGCGCUUUACGAAACGGCAAACAUGGUGCACGCUGAAAAUGUCGUGGUUAUCACAUGCGUAAGUGUGAGACAGAUCGCGCUUCCAUAUGCCAUGAUGGGACUCUUGCCUGCCCUGAAACUGUGCAUUGAAGUUUUACAAUUCUGCAAGGUACUGCUGUUUACUAACUUCACUUGUUCAUUGUUAGCACUUCGCACACGUUUUCCUAUGCAAACGUACUUUUUAAUCCAGGGUCUGAAGCGUCGGGAGCAACUAUACUUUAUGCAGAAUGAAGCCCAGCCAAUAUGAAGCGAGACAGAGAAAUGCACAGUUUAAUUUGUGUGGCUUACAUGGUGGUGCACUUAGUACGUUUGGCACAUACUAAUGUGAGAAAUCGUGCAAAUUUGGAAUGUAGCAUUGAUGUUGUAAUGCACUGCACCAGAAGGCCGUCUCUGGGCAUUCGAGUGAAGCUUGUUCAUUCAUUUUUCAAAAAUUUGUCAUUUGGCUGAAGCGGUAACAAAACUCUUCUCACGUUCAGUAGACCAGACUUGCCACACCUACAGCAAGGUCUGUGCCACUUUGAACGUUAUGUGCCGAGUGAUAAAACAGUAAUCAAACUCUAGUUCAUCUCGAAGAUUUGACUAACUGUGCAUUUCUAGCAACACUUUAGUUAUGGCUGAAGUCUGUUCGGUUGCAAACAGUUACCCCUAACCAACUUUUAUUAGGCAUUGCUGCAAGGGACAAUUUUAAAAGCCACAGCGCAAUACGUGGCAAGGCGUCUUUUCAACUUUAUACUGUGAAAAAUGGAGCGGCGUAUAGAAAUGGUUACAUUUUUAGCACAAGUCUCUUCUUGCAGCACAACAGGCUUAGCAGCUUAAAAUUGUUGCCUUUCCCUGUUAGCCUGAAUUCAUGCCUCAUAAAAGCUUGUUUCAGUAGUUAAUGAUAAUAGCGUUAGUACUUGUUCCUACAUGGAAUGUGGUUUCUGCAUCCAAACUCAAACUUUCCACUAAACGCGUUUGAUGUGUCGCGAUUUGUGUGCGUUAUACCAAAGGUUUAGCAAGAUCAGACAUCUUGUCGCAUUUACCGGUGCAUUUGCAGAAACUUCCUUGAAAGCCCCAGGGCAUGUAUAUUUUGUAUGCAAUGAGCAAGUGUGUAAUGGUCAUUUUAAGACAGCCUGGCGAUAAUUACAAGCAAUACUUGUUUUCCCGGUGCUACAGAUGUAUGUUGAACUCGUGUCUUUUGACGAGGCACCAUUUUCAGGGUUCCGUCGCCGUCCUAUUUACAAGCCAAGGAAAAAGAAAAGUGUCAAUAAAAAGUUCUGCAGCACGGUU